AUGUGUUGUUUAAAAAUUAUACUUAUUACUACUUUCAUCAGCUGUCUUUUGCUAGAUCUUGUCGAAGCAGGCGAUGUUGUUAUUACGUUUGGAAUUCAAAUGUAUAACGUGACUGGGAUGCUGAAGCCGACGUGCGAUCAUCGAAUAGAUGAUAUGCAAGUGUAUACAGUUAGAGAAGGAAAUGAAUUCAAAAUAAGGACGAACUACAACAAAGUAAUUAAUGAAGCAAAGUGUUAUAGUAAACACUUUGAUGAUACAUUUGGAACUACAUACAGAAAUCCUUACAGGAAUGAAUCGACAUAUAAAGUGGCGAAAGAAAUGGGAGGGGUAUGGGAGUGUAGUUUCCUUUCUCUGAAGGGAAAUCCAAAUAUUUAUCACGAAAUAUUGUAUACUAAUAAGGAUGCUUAUAACUUUGCAAGAACUAUUUGUUCCAUGAAAAUCCACGUUCGACGAAAGAAGGCUCCUAUGGUCAUCCUAGUUAACAAUAUGGAGAUGGAACUAAAAAGAACACAGCAGUCGGAAGAAGUCGACUUUUUUGCUGUCUACGAUUAUGAAGUCGGAGACGAGGUUAACAUUAUUUGUGUGCCUGACAAUUACAAUAUGUACAAUACAAUUACUAUGCAAUGUCCUGAUGUUGACAAAAGUUUAAGCCUUCCAGAUCCUGAUUUCAAAUCGAGUAAAAGACUUGGUUUCAAAACGACGUUAACUUCAUUGCAUGAUGGCAAAUACUGCUUGUUCACGCUGAAAAACCAAUCAGAUUAUACUAUAGUGAGACUAAGAUUCAUAAAACUAUCAGAUGAAAAAAUGAAUAUAACAAUAAAUGGAAUAAUAAUACGACCAGAACUUAAAAAAAUCAACCAAGUUCUGUAUAGAAUAAAUUAUAUACACAAGAGCAACAGUAACAUAGAUGUCGUUUGUGAAACAACUCCAAAUUACAAACUAUGGUUGUUGAAUAAAAGUUUUCAGGGUGCCAAAUAUAAUGAAACUGUGAUAAUACCUGAUCAGAAGAUAAACAUACAUUUUACUCCGGAACCAUAUACUACUCCAAAUUUCAGAUGUUCCGUAGACGAUAAACAAAGUAAUUAUAGCGCACAGAAUUGUGAAAUAAUAUUUAAAUCUAACGAUACAUUGCUAAAUGAUACUAAAAUAAUGGUAAUGGCGUUACCAGCUAAUCGGACUGUGUUGGAACUAUUCACCGAUAACUUGCAAAUUAUCUACUACGAGUUUGAUGCUGACGAAGUUAUAGAAAUAAAAUGUUCUGUAGUCGAGCAGCCAGUUAAUGUGGUUUAUAUGCACUUUCGACAUAAUGAUACAAUAGACAAAACGAUGAUCUCCAGAAUAGUGACAUUGCAUUAUGAACAUGACAAUCCUCCAAUAGAGUGCUAUUUAAAAGAUCAGGUGGAUGAGACAGCGCAUAUUAAAAGAGACGAUGUUAUGUAUAAGAUUAAAGUGGUAUUUGUAAAAAAACAAUUCAUACCUGACCCUGAACCCGAACCUACUACUACUAUUGCUAAUCUGGAACCAUAUCCUGGCGGGUCGACCACCGGCACUAUCACAGGGACAGUCGACGAGGAUGUGCCUUAUGAAAUUAUUGUGGCGAUUGCCGCAGUCGUCUUCGUGAUCAUCGUAUCUAUUUUCUUAAUCCUUGUCAAAGUUCGCAAGAGGAAUCGAACUCAGGGCAGUCCUCAAGGCAACAACUAUGAAAACCUACCGACACCCAGCGAGACUUCCAUCCCACCAUACCCAGCGCAGUGGGAGGCAAACAAUUACGCCGUUCCAAUAGACCAAAGACACGAAGAACCAGCAUACAGUGUGCCCAUACAACCGCUCUACACCGAACCAGUCCCAAAAAACGCAAGAAAACCGAAGCAAAACCAAGUAGGUCCUACUUAUGCUAUCCUAAACCAUAAAGGUACACCAAAAAGGAAUGUCGUAAAAGACACCAGCGACCCUAAUUACAGUGAGGUGUAUAGUAGAAAUGAAAAUUAUGCCAAUGUUGCUAAAGAGUCUCCUUAUGCGAACGCUGAGGAACCCAUGUAUUGCGAAGCCAACAUGGCUAGGAAUCACAAUCAUUAUACUAAUUUAAAUAGCUCUCCGUAUGCAAAUAGUUCUGCGCAAGAGUACGUUGAACCGACGUAUUGUGAGCCUCAAAGACGCAAAUGA